GGUGUCAGAUAAAGGAGGGCUCUCCACCGGUUUGGAGGCAUCAUGGCCGCUAAGUCAGACGGGAGACUGAAAAUGAAGAAGAGCAGCGACGUGGCGUUCACCCCGCUGCAGAACUCGGACCACUCAGGCUCCGUGCAGGGAUUGGCUCCCGGCUUGCCGUCGGGGUCGGGAGCCGAGGACGAGGACGCUGCAGGAGGAGGCUGCUGCCCGGACGGCGGUGGUUGCUCUCGCUGCUGCUGCUGCUGCACCGGGAGCAGCGGUUCGGGCGGAGGCUCUGGGGGCUCAGGCGGCCCGGGCAGCGGUGUUGGCGGCCCAGGCGGCGGCGGGGCGGGCUCCUCGGCGCUGUGCCUGCGCCUGGGCAGAGAGCAGCGGCGCUACUCUCUGUGGGACUGCCUCUGGAUUUUGGCCGCGGUAGCCGUGUACUUUGCGGACGUGGGCACAGACAUCUGGCUCGCCGUGGACUACUACUUGAGCGGCCAGCGCUGGUGGUUCGGGCUCACGCUUUUCUUCGUGGUGCUCGGCUCGCUCUCUGUGCAAGUGUUUAGCUUCCGCUGGUUUGUGCACGAUUUCAGCACCGAGGACAGCGCCACUGCGGCCGCUGCCUCCAGUUGCCCGCAGACUGGAACUGAUUGUAAGACCAUGGUUAGCAGUGGGUCUGCAGCUGGAGAAGGCGAGGCUCGUCCUUCCACGCCGCAAAGGCAAGCAUCCAAUGCUAGCAAGACCAACAUCACCGCCGCUGCCAACAGCGGCAGCAACAGCAGCGGGGCCACUCGGGCCAGCGGCAAGCACAGGUCUGCGUCCUGCUCCUUCUGCAUCUGGCUCCUGCAGUCACUCAUCCACAUCUUGCAGCUCGGGCAAAUCUGGAGAUAUUUCCACACAAUAUACUUAGGUAUUCGAAGUCGACAGAGUGGGGAGAAUGACAGAUGGAGGUUUUACUGGAAAAUGGUGUAUGAGUAUGCAGACGUGAGUAUGCUGCAUUUGCUAGCCACCUUUCUGGAAAGUGCACCCCAGCUGGUCCUGCAGCUCUGCAUUAUCGUACAGACUCAUAGAUUACAGGCCCUCCAAGGUUUCACAGCAGCAGCCUCUCUGGUGUCUUUGGCUUGGGCCUUGGCCUCUUACCAGAAGGCUCUUCGAGACUCUCGCGAUGACAAGAAGCCCAUCAGUUACAUGGCCGUGGUCAUCCAGUUCUGCUGGCACUUCUUCACCAUUGCUGCCAGGGUUAUCACCUUCGCCCUCUUUGCCUCGGUUUUCCAGCUGUACUUUGGGAUCUUCAUUGUCCUUCACUGGUGCAUCAUGACCUUCUGGAUCGUCCACUGUGAGACAGAAUUCUGCAUCACCAAAUGGGAGGAGAUUGUGUUCGACAUGGUAGUGGGAAUCAUCUACAUCUUCAGCUGGUUCAAUGUCAAAGAAGGCAGGACACGCUGCAGGCUCUUCAUUUACUAUUUUGUGAUCCUUUUGGAAAAUACAGCCUUGAGUGCCCUCUGGUACCUCUACAAGUCUCCCCAGAUUGCAGAUGCAUUUGCCAUCCCAGCUCUGUGCGUGGUGUUCAGUAGCUUCUUAACUGGAGUUGUUUUUAUGCUGAUGUAUUAUGCCUUUUUUCACCCCAAUGGACCCAGAUUCGGGCAGUCACCAAGUUGUGCUUGUGAGGAUCCCGCCGCUGCCUUUACUCUGCCUCCAGAAGUGGCCACAAGCACUCUACGCUCCAUCUCCAACAACCGCAGUGUUGCCAGUGAACGUGACCAGAAAUUUGCAGAGCGAGAUGGGUGUGUACCUGUCUUUCAGGUGAGGCCCACUGCGCCAUCCACUCCAUCAUCUCGUCCACCACGGAUUGAAGAAUCUGUCAUUAAAAUCGACCUAUUCAGGAAUAGGUACCCAGCAUGGGAGAGACAUGUUUUAGACCGAAGUCUACGAAAGGCCAUUUUAGCCUUUGAAUGUUCCCCGUCUCCUCCAAGGCUGCAGUACAAGGAUGAUGCCCUGAUUCAGGAGCGGUUGGAGUAUGAAACCACUUUAUAAAAGGACUUCGAGGAGCCACCACCUCCACAUGAAGGGGUGACAGCAGGGCUGUGGCAAUAAAGAAUCUGCAUCCUAGAGUAGGGCCACGAGCUGUAAUGUCCUUAGUCUGACCUUCCUAUUAUUGACCAUGAUAUUGUUUGACUGCCUACAGCUGGUCUCCUUUCAAAAUAUCAGAUGAAAGUGUCCUGCUCCACCUGAAGGGAAGAUGCCAGCUCCAUAGGACUCCUUGUCACUACCAACUCUUCCUGCACAGUCUCUCAGCACAUCCACAGGAGGGUCACUAUCAUUACGGAAAAUGUUGCCUCCAAUCAAAAGGGUGUUUUGAUGGAGUUAACUGAUGUUUGCAUAAAAAUAUAUUCAGUCAUAUGCACAUCUGCCUAUGUAUACGCACAUUAACACAUGCACACAACACCAGUUCUCUCUCCAGAUAGUUUAGGUGAUUUUUCUUGAUGCAAAGUUCUGAUUCCCAGAGGAAAAUAAAAGGAGAGGGACUGUCUCCCUCAAGUCCACAGGAGAAAGAGUAGUACUGUUAGAAGACAAUGGAUACAUCAUUUUUUACAUUUUGAAACCCAUACCAUGUGGGAAAAGCUUACCUACUCAAUGGACAACAAACCCAAGUUUGUUUACCACAUGUAUUAGAAUUGAUAGAAUGGUUAGUUUUUGACACAUUUGUCCUUUGGUUUUUAUUUUCCUCUUAAGUUGAAACCAUCCUUUGACAGAAAUCCUAUGCAGCACAUGUAUGACUUUUGAGAAGACCAAGGAGCUUGAUAACUUAGUGAUGUAAUUAAAUGAUAACCGUGAUUCAGUAUUCAAUUGCAAAACUGUAAUAAAGACACAAGAGGAAGUGGGGGGAAAGGAAAGAUGAUUUUUGGCCCGUGCAGCUUACAUUGGAACCUAAGUGAGCUCAGCACGGCAGGAGAGGAACGGUCUGUAAUUGGACGUUGCAGGUCCAAGAGUGCCCGACUGCGCAAUCGUGGGCAGGCGAGAUUCCAAAACAAGUCACGUCCCACCUUUCUAGUGCCAAACACCGUCCAACCACAGGACUUAACAGGGAAGUCCCAUCAACUGAGAACGAGUGGCGUGAGCCCCACAAAAGCAGAUGUGAGAAUGAACAAUCUUCUGUGUACAGACAUUUACCCCCCUCCCCCCAUCCAAGGUCAAAGUGAUGUGUCUUUUAGAGGUUUGGGGAUACUUUUUAGUAAGUAUGAGCAGACAAAUGCAGUGAAUAUACUAUAAGAAAAUCUUUUGAACUGAUUGAGGGAUUCUCAGUAGAUCCAAAUAAGAUCUGUAUUUGUAUCAUUUGUAAAGUCGCACUCUUACAACAAGCUUCUGGGUUUUAAAUACCUCCGUACAGCAAGUAAAAGUCCCGCUUUCUGUUCCCAGUGUCCUCGGUCAUGGUGCUUUUCGUUGCAUUAAAAGUGCCGGUCAAACUUUGAUAGUAUUUUUUUAUAGUUGGUGCAGAGUGGAAUAACUCAUGGAUUAUUUCAAUAUUUUUGUAAUAAAGUAUA